GGGAGAACAGAAAAGUGGGUGUUGUGAUGUAAGUGUUUGGUUCUGAUGCGACGCAUCUUCAUGACCGCGUUUGAAACACUCGAGCAAACUGGGUCACUGUGCGCGAUCUGGCAAACAGCCAACCGUUGAGACGUGCAGGCUCGUGCAGCUAGCUAGCUCCAAGACUCAGUGACGGGGGUGGUGGGGAGGGCAGCCCCGGAACCAGAGAAGUCGAGAGCCGCGUCGGUGUGAGCCAUGGGGUUCCGCAAGAAGAACAAGAGUCCUCCGGUGCUCAGCCACGAGUUUGUGAUCCAGAACCACGCCGACAUGGUGUCGUGUUUGGCCAUGAUUAUCCUCCUCGGACUGAUGUUCGAGGUCACAGCCAAGUUUGCUAUCAUGUUCAUCACAGUCCAGUACAACGUGACACAAGUUCUCGGGGAGAAAAGUGAUCCGGUGAACCUUUACCAGUAUGGUCCCAAAGAUGUGGCCACUGUGUUUUUCUACCUUCUUAUCGCGGUCAUCCUUCACGCCUUGAUACAAGAAUAUAUUCUCGACAAAAUGAACAGAAGGUUGCACCUGUCCAAAACCAAACACAGCAAGUUCAACGAGUCUGGACAGCUGGCGGCGUUCUACCUGUUCUCCUUCAUCUGGGGCUGCAGCAUCCUAACGGCGGAGGACUUUGCAACAAAUCCUACUUUCCUAUGGGAGGGUUACCCACACACUCACAUGGUUUUUCAGGUCAAGUUCUUCUACGUUUGUCAAAUUGCCUAUUGGCUCCAUGCACUUCCUGAGCUGUACUUUCAAAAAGUACGGAAGGAGGACAUCCCCCGUCAGCUCUAUUACAUUUGCCUUUACGUUGUCCACAUCACUGGCGCCUACGUCUUAAACCUCCACCGACUGGGCCUGGUGUUGCUGGUCCCUCACUACCUGGUGGAGCUCCUGUUCCACGCUUCACGCCUCUUCUACUUCAGUGAUGAGAACAAGCAGAAAGGUUUUACUCUGUGGGCACUCCUUUUUGUCAUCGCCCGCCUCCUCACCCUCACCCUCUCCGUUCUGACGUUUGGCUUCGGGCUGCCCCGUACAGAAAACCAGGGCUUUUCCCUCGCUGAAGGCAACUUCAAUGUGCUCACCAUAAGGAUGACUUGUCUGGCCGCUAUCUGCCUGACACAGGCUUGGAUGAUGUGGAAAUUCAUUAACUUCCAGUUGAAAAAGUGGAGGGAGCACAGCCAGAACCAGGCCUCGAAGAAGAAGGCGGUCAGCCCAAAGAGCAAGCCCCACAAAAGGGAGCCUACAAGGGGAGGUGCUGCCAACGGGGUUGUGAAGUCCGAGGAUAAAACAUCACCACGGGCAAGAAAAGCCAAAGCUUCAUAGAGACGGGAGAGUUGAGGGGGGGAGAGAAAACUGAGUGAGGGAGUUCUGACAAUUAUGUCUUUACACAACUUCAAAUGUUGUCUACUUGCUCUCCAAAACAAAUGUUUAAGCGCACUAAGAAACCUUACAACUGUCCCUUUUUGAGGUUGAAACUCCUUUUUGUCUGCUGGAAGUGUUUAUUACUCGUUGGGGUUCUUUGUAGAUGGGACGUUGGCGGGACAGUGCUGGGUUUGAUGCUUUAACAAGAGAGACUUUCAAAGUAUCCUUUCGUGUAAAACUACGAUCACUCGCCGGGUACUUUUAAACUUCACUAAUUUGACAUUGAAUCAGUUAACGUCACCGUAACUUGCAAAGCGAAUUUUGACUUCAGGGGCGAUGUAAUAUAAAGUGUCACUGUACAGAUUAACUGUACAGGGUGUCAUUUUAAGUUUGGGCCUUAGUCGGUAAAACUCAAGGCCGCUGGCUCAAGUCCCAAAAUAUAAAGCCUAUCUUGCUCUGCAAGACAGCACUUCGCCGUUCUGCUGUUGUCAGGAAAAGAUCCUAAAUGAACUGCUCUCGAGGAACAGCCCUGCUGUUUAGGUAUUUGGCGUAGCUGCAGCCAGAAAACUGCAGCAUGUACUCCACUCCUAGAUGAUCUGCCUUUGAAAUCCAACACGUUACAGGAUUGAGGCGCUUUUUAAUUAUUUUAUGUUUGCUUUUAUCACAAGCCUGGUAGUUUAGAACUCACCCUGUGAACAGUGGCUGGACUCACCAGGAGGAAGCUGCACUGUAACCUGUGAUGCUGUACUGUAUGUAUGUAUGUAUGCAUACAGGGAAAUCCUUCUAAUGGCAUGAUUGGAAACAUGAGCAAGAAACUGUGUUUGAGGCUGUGUUUCAGUCUUUUAUAUGGUAAUGUAAAUACAUGAUGGGUCAAGGUGAAAGACUUUAUGGCUAGUGGCUAGCUGUGCUGUUGAGUUUGCAUCUCUCUCACACACACAAACACACGCAUUCAGUGGCCUUUUUACAACUGCGGCGAGCGGUUUGAGUUAUUUAUUUUUGCCAUAUAUACGACAGAAAGUUAUUAUUUUCUAUGCUUUGACGAGCUAUAACCAACAAACACAGCGGUACAUAGCAACUGCGUUUAGUUAAUCCAAACAAUACAAUCUUUCUUCAAGUGUCCUUAUAGUGUCCGUGUGUCACUCGUUCUGCUUGUGUUGCGUUCUGUUCGCCUUCUCUGUUUGCUUUUUUUUUUUUUUUUUUUACUCUCGGGUAUCAGGAGACAAGCUAUCCACCACUUAAACUAUAAGUUACAUCCCAUGGUGCAAUGGGAGGUGUGUGAGGGAUGUGUUUGUAUGCCUGUGCACUUACUCUUGUGUGUGUGUGUGUGCAGUGUUGUCUGCCUACUGUGUAUGUGACUUAACUGGGCGUGAAUGAUGAUGAUGAUGGUGAUGACAACGAUGUUUAUUGCUUGUCUCGUAAAAUAAUUAUCGCCUGUGUGCAGAGCAUGAAAUGUUACAAUCUGUUCACUGACUCCUGCCCUGUUUGUUGUAUUUCACAAUCGCGUCCUUUUAGUUCACUUCGACACGCUUCUGUGUGCGAUACACUCGGGUGGUGGAUUGGUGUAUGUGUUACAGGUUAUCAGUUACUAACUGCUGAUGUGUUCAGUGUCUCUGCCCCCUCCUGUGUGAGAGAGAUUCUGUGAUUCUCUGUUCUGUCCUUCCCGCUUCACCUUUUCAAUGAUCCUGACAUUGCUAUCUGGAGCACACGUGUCGUACUGUUGGCCACGCUCUCGCCUCUCCUGGACCUGGAGACCUGCUCCACUACUAAUCCACUGUGCACGUGAAGCUCUGUGCAGAAAAGACUACCUGUCUGCAGACAGCUGGGGUCUCAGUCCAGAGCAGGGAUGAGACGAAGGUGCCAUUCAUUGCUUUUGCUCCCUUUAGCGCUCCUUCUUGGGACUUUGGUGGUCGUUAAAGCCCGACUGUCUGUGUAUGGCAGUGUCAUAGGAGGGAAGGAGGAGCAGAGGACGUAUGUCCCAGCCUGUUAUUAAACUGUCUCAGAUGUAAAAGAGUAAGAAGAAAGAAAACUGAUUCAACCCUACACUGUACUAAAAUAUGUGUCAGAUUUUUAAGCUAUUUUUAUAGAGCGGAACCUGUUGUUCAGUACACACGUGUGAAUAUUUGUUUUGCAUCCAUAUUGAUGUGUUUUUUUUAUGUAAGAAUGACGCUUGCUGAACCGUUAGCGUGGAUAUACAUUGUGGUUAUGAGUGUAAACAUUUCUUAAGCCUAAUGGUUUAUUUAACUUCAUGGCCUUAUUGGAGCAAAGUCAACUCAACUGUACAACACUAAGCUGCAGGUGUACUCUGCAGCGUUCACAGCUACCCGUUUUCUGAUCGUGAGGUUCUCCGUCACACCGACGCCAGUCAUCCACGCAUCCGUUUGAAUAUAUAAUCAGAGGAGCAAAUGGUCAGUAAAGUGUUUUUUUAUUUGUUCCAGUCCUGCAGGUGAUUUUGUGGAUAUAGAACGAAAUGUCUUUUUCUCGCUCGUUAGAUGUCACACUGUACAAUAGCCAGCAGACGUUUUUAGGCUCUGAAACGUGAGCCGCCCUGCAGUUCAUGGCGCCCUCGCUUCGAGACACAAUAGCCUGUAUAAUCCCACAGGAAUGCACUUUUAUUUGUUGCAUAAUAUGCAUUAUGUCAGAGCACCAUAACACUGCUCACUUGGGCUGUUUCUGCGUUGAUUCUCAAUGAAUCACAAAUUAAGAGUUGCUGGAUAAAUGUGUGCAUUUUGUAAUUGUUGAAAACUAAAAAAAAAAAGACUGCAAUGAUUGAACUGUAUGAGCAACCUCUAGGUGGCAACAAUCUGUAAUGCUUUUGACCAUGAGAUCACUUCAAAGAGAAAGAACCACAAAGACUAUUGUCUUCACUCUGCAGCGUCCUUGAUUUGCUUUUAUUUUGCUGCUUGUUUAUAGAUGUUGCGAUAUAUUUCCUUUUUAAAUAUGUUGUCUCUAAACUGCUCUGAUGGUAUAUAUUUAUGCAAAUUCUCGUGGGUUCUGAUCAUUUUUCUUCGUCACUAUUUUUUUUUAACUUCAUGUUGGAAUAAAGCUUUUAUUCAGUACACAAA